UUUUGAUUUCGUUAAAUAGUUUGGAAGUUUGAAACUCAGUUUACAAUUAGUUUGGCUGAGUUUAACAAUUUAUAAACUGGGUAGAAUAAAUAAUAUGGCUUCUCUAGCUUUCGAAAGUUUGGAUGAGGAAGUAAAAGAACUUCUAUUAAAUUAUAGAUAUAAAAAGGCUACGGCAUAUGAACCAUGUACACUGAAAAACUACAAACAAUGUUUAAUCGGACUUCACGAGGAACUGGGCCUUUUCAAUAUAGAUUACGUCUUUAAUCCGCACACUGAUGUAGAGAAUGAUACACUGUGCCCCGAGGCUAUAGUAAAGCUUAUAAAUUCAGUGUGGACACUCGUACAACAUCACAAGAACACUACAGAAAAAGCUGAUCGAUUGAUGGAACAGAACCAUAUACUAGAACAUAAUAACAAGCAGUUAUCUGUUUCAAUUAUGAGGUUAAAAGAAAAGUUGAAUUUAGAAAAGAAUGAGUCUAAAGCAUGUGUUGCCUCUGCCCAAAGAGUGUCUGAUCAGUCAGAUGAAGUUUAUCAGAAAUUACUUGACACCAGAGCAAAGUUAAGCCAGCUAACUAAGCAAAAAGAGACUAAUGACAAGUUGCUACACAAUAAGAUAGCAAGACUUCAGCUUCAAAAUGACAAGUUGCUGGAUAGAAUAAGAAACAAAUCGGAGAGUUACACUCCGUGCGCGGAUAUUUGCGACUCCACUAUGGUGCAACUGAAGGAACGUGAGAGGAAACAUAGAGCCUUAAUAUCUCAGUUGCAAGCUAGCAACCAGGAUCUUAUUAGAGAAGUUUUGGCACUUAAGGAAGAAAUUAUCCUAGAAGGCAUUAGCAAUGUGAAGCUGAAAAAAUAACUUGCACAUAAUUAACGAAUUAGCAUAUGAAAAAAUUGUCAACUAAUGUUACCAAUUAUAUAAUAUUAAUAAGUGAUUAAUAAUUAACAUUUUAUAAUUUGUACUUAUAAGAACUGACUGAUCUCAUUAAUUUCAGUAUUCGUUAAAAAUUACACUUAAGCUUAAUUAAAACAUAACUAAUCACCAAUAUUGUUAAUAACUAUUUUU